GUGGGACUGUGGGUAGUGAGUAUCAAGAGAUUUAAGCCAAAACCGAAAUAUCAGAGACUAUGACCAUUGCUCUGUGUAGAUUUAUCCAGCAAGCCUGUACUUUAAAGUAGGUUUAGCUCUCCUGCCCAGGGCAAUAACCCUUGAUGGGUUGCCUCUAUAUAGCUGGCAUGCCUGGUAGAUGGGGCAUUCGUCCUGUCAAAGUGCAGGGGUCAGCUGAAUUGCAGCAGGAUGAAAGACAAAAGUCUACCUUGGCCCUGCUUGAAAGGUGUUUUUCUGGGGUCGCCUCUGCCUCUCAUCUUUGUUUUGGAGUCUUGCCCUUUCUGGCAUCUCAGACUUUUCUCAACAGGACAGGAGUUGAAAAAAACAAAGGGCUCCCUCCUUACACAUCAACUGCUUGUUCAGUCAUGAGACCAAAGGCCUUUGUUCUGGAAGUGGGGAUGGGGAGGGCGGGGCAGUGAGAUGGAGUACUGGCCUUGAAGUCAGGAGCACCUGACACAAUACUUAAUAGCUGUGUGACCAUGAGCAGGUCAUUUAAUUAACCCCAAUUACCUCGAGCAAAAAAAAAUUGGGGAUGGGAGCACUUGUCAGACCUCCCAUCAGAAAGAGUAUACGCUGGAGUUAGGAAACAGACCUGUGUUCUGCUUCUGAGUGUCAAAUGCCUUCUGAAAAAUGAGAUGGAAGCACACUUUUUGAGCUCUGACAGUUUAUGCAAAUCAAUAAAAAUGGAACGAUUAAAUGCGGACUAUCAAGAGUUGGAAAGGCCACUGGGCCACAGAAUGACAGAACACACCAUACGUAAGCACACGGUGUCAGAGCUCGAAUGCCCGCACCUUCGAACCCGGGUUAGGGCUGGGAGGGAUCGCCGAGCAGAGAAGGGGACAGCGGCGGCGGUCCUUCGGGACAACCCACCAACUAGAAUCUAAUCCCAGCCGCCAGGUCGGACCAGAAAACCCACCAAACAAGCCGAGUUACUGGGCCACCGUCACACUAGUGCUCGGCUCCCCAAUCCCGAGGUCUGGAGCCCACCCCCCGCUGCCUGGUCUCUCCGUCCACAGCGCAGGAAUAUCCGGCCCGGCACCGGGAAUAAGUUUUCCGCUUUCAGAGUCAAACCCCAGCGCCUUUCUCACGCUACGCGGGGCGGUCGCCCCCAGAAGUCACGUGAGAUGCUGUUUGUCCGUGCGCAUGCUCGGCGCUCGGCAUAAAGACCAGCCCGGGCCCCGCCGUCCCGCAUUCCGGGGGGGAUUCUGGGCCUGGAGCCCAGAGCGUCUCUCUUCCCACUAGCUUUUGCUCGUUUUCCCUUCUCACCACUUUGUCUCCCCCAUUUCUGGAUCUCUUUCCCGGCCCUGCUUGGGGUCUUUCAGGACGUGGUGUCUGCCGCACUCGACCCGUUCCCACCGCCCCUUCUCUUCGCCUGCCCCAGGGCGGCUCCCACUCCGGAUCUAUCCUGGGCCCCAUCCAGUGCCAGGGCGGGGCUCCGGUUUUACAGAUGAAGAAACUGAGGCUAUGAAAAGCUUCCUUUUCUUCCAGGGACCAUGGAAGCAAGACCCUCAUGUUGCUCCACUACCACCUUGUUCCAUCAGGAAGGAGUGGAGGGGGUCACAUAUCGGAUCCCAGCACUGCUCUACAUCCCACCAGCCCGGGUAUUGCUGGCCUUUGCAGAGAAGCGUUCCACAGCGGAUGAUACAGAUGCACUUUAUCUGGUGCUGCGACGAGGGGAGAAGGUGGACCACUCUGUGCAGUGGGGGCCUCAGGAGUCCCUGAUGGCAGCCACGCUCCCCGGAUUCCGCACCAUGAACCCCUGUCCUGUGUGGGAGCGCAAGAGCGGGCGUGUCUUUCUGUUUUUCAUUUGUGUGCGUAAGCACGUCUCGGAGCAGCGGCAGAUUUGUUUAGGGAAGAACGCCGCCCGCCUGUGCUUUGUCUCCAGCUCGGACCACGGGCGCUCGUGGAGCCCGCUCAAGGACCUGACCGAGGAGGUGAUCGGAGAGGAGGUGGGGCACUGGGCUACGUUUGCGGUGGGGCCUGGCCAUGGGGUGCAGCUCCACUCUGGGAGGCUGGUCAUCCCUGCCUACGCCUACCACUUCUCCCGCUGGCACUGCCUGGGCAUCCUCUUCAGGUCUAGAGCCAGGGCCCAUUCGCUGAUGUUUUACAGUGAUGACGGGGGGGCUACCUGGAAACACGGGCAGCUCCUCCAGCCGGGGGUGACCAUCGAAUGUCAGGUCGCAGAGGUGGUGAGCUCGAACGGCCUUCCUGUGUUAUACUGCAGUGCCCGCACCUCUGGCAGGUGUCGGGCCGAAGCCAUCAGCACGGACCUGGGGGAGCACUUUGAGAAACCUUGCUUCGUCCAGGAGCUAUGUGAGCCCCCCCACGGUUGCCAGGGAAGUGUCAUGAGCUUCAGGCCCAGGAGGAGCCUUCUGCAAGAAGAGGCCCCGGCCUUCUCCAGCCACCCAGAGUCACCGGUCAGCGCCCUUGGACCACAGCAGAGCUGCAGCCCUCCAACCUCAUGGCUCGUCUACUCACACCCCACGAGCAGGAGACGUAGGAUCAACCUCGGCAUCCAUGUCAACCCGGCUCCUCUGGAGGCUGCUCAGUGGUCCCAGCCCUGGAUCCUCCACAGGGGGCCCAGCGGUUACUCCGACCUGGCCGCCCUUGAGGAAGGCUUUUUUGGGUGCUUGUUCGAGUGUGGGGAGAAGCACGAGUGUGAACAGAUCACCUUCUGUCUGUUCACAGACCAAGAGCUCCUGAGUCACACUCGGGAGAAGUGCUCAGGCCCAGAGAAAGCCGGCCCCUCAAAUGUCCGGUAACUUCGGCCCCGGCUCCCUGGGGAGAGAUGUGGAAGCCUCAGCUGCCCCUCUCUCCUCCAGGGUGACGGGUAAUAGUAAUAGCUAGCAUUUAUGAGCCUUAAUGUUUAUCAGCAUUAUCGCAGUUGGCCCUCACUGCAUCCCCACCCAGUAGCUGCUGCUAUUCUCCUUCCUAUCUUACUGGUGAGGAACCUGAGGCAAGCCGCAGGUUAAGGGCAUUGCCUCUGGUCACGUGGGUUUUAAGUCUCUGAGGAUCUUGCUGACCCCGGGAGCAGGGCUCUGUUCCACCUCCCCUGCUGCUUCUGGGAGAGUCAGAAGUGCCAGGGAGGCCUGACCCCCGGCUGCUUCUCCCGUGGCCGGCCUGCUUCACACCUUUCACUCCUUGUCCGCCAUCCCCUCUCCGAGGAGUGGAAGGGACUGCUGGCGUGCUGCCUAGAUCUGUGGCUGUGGGAAGCGUCUGCAUCGGGCGUCAGGAUGGCCAUCCCUGUGCAGCCCUGCGUCGCGGGCCACGGACAGGAGCAGACACUGACGCGUAGGAAGGAAAGGAGCGGGCGAGCUGCACUCUGAAGUGCCAGGGAGGAGCGGGCACCUGGGCCCGGCCGUGAGCUCCUGCUUCCUCAGUGUUCAGAAGCAGAGGGGCCCGGGGCUUACACCCCUCCUCUGUGCCCAGCACUGUGUCAGGAAAGGCAACCAGGGCUCACAGAGAGCUCGCAGGAAAGCAGCACACGCACCCCUGGGCCUGGACAGGCCACGGGCACAGCACGCCGGAGCUCUCACAGAAGCAGUGUCACCGAGACAGAGAGAGAGAAUUCCAGGCCGGGGGCAGUCAGGCCCGGGGGCAGAGUCAGGGACCGAGGGGACAGGGGGCAGAGUCAGGGACGGAGGGGGCAGGGACAGAGUCAGGCCCAGGGGCAGAGUCAGGGACAAAGAGGGCAGAGUCAGGCCUGGGGGCAGAGUGCAUCUAGUGGAAGAACUGCAAGAAGGCGAGUCUCCCUGGGGUAGGUGGCGGGAGGCAAUGUGGGCAGCUUGGGAAGGCUGGGAGAACCUCGGAGAGGAAAAGCUUGGGAGCCCUUGAGCACAAUGGCAGGAUCGGCUGGGGUGGGGAGAGACCUGAGAAUGAGCUUAUGCUCACCAUCGCUGUGUGGGAGGGGACGGGAGCCUGGUCGGGGGGCACAGCAGUGUUGGGCCAGAAACGUGGCUGGGUCAGAGCUGACAGGACUUGGCAACAUAUGGGAUAUGAGGAGUGAGAGAUGGAGAGACAACAGGGACAGCUUUUCAGGCAGGGUCUUGUAGCUGAGUGCUGCCAGGCAAGUCCCUGACCUCCCUCCCCUAUGAAAUGAGUCAAGUCCCUUCUGUGAAGAACAAUAAAGGAAACCCAGAGAUCCCCAUUCUGUAACUUCCCUUUGUUCUCAAAAAUCAUGUUCCAAGACCAUCGUCUUACUCCUUUGAGCCCUCUUCUUAAUCUCGGCAGCCUUUUUUCAAGCUUCCCUUUAUCUCUCAGAAACUCUUCCCCUAAUUGAGAAGGCAGGAACCUCGUCAUCACAGUGACCUUCCUGCCUCAUCCCUUUGGCCAGGGUUGCCCUGAGAGAGGGCACUUGUGGAUAGAGUUCCAUUUUGCAACUAAUUCAGAUCAAGGACAGCCAGGUGGCAUGGGCAAUAGAGGGCCAGGCCUGGAGUCAGGAAGGCCUGAGUUUGAAAGCUGUCUUAGACACUAACAAGCUGUGUGACCCUGGGUAGGUCACUUAAUCCAGUUUGCCUCGGUUUCCCCAUCUGUAUAAUUACCUGGAGAAGGAAAUGGUAAACCACUCCAGUCUCCUUGCCAAGAGAACUUCUAAUGGGGAUACAGACAGUUGAACAGGACUCAACAGCAGCAACUUAUCAAGGGUUUUUCACUGGAUACUGGAAAGGAAGAGAAGAGGAAGACUGAGAAAAUGCCAUCUUUGAGAAAGCUGUUAGAUAAUUUCUGUGCUGCUCUAUAUACAGUGUGCUGAUAAGUGCUUUUUGCUCAUUUUCUCCCCCAGAUGUCAGCGAGUUAGGUAGGACAAAUGUCACAUUUAACAGACAAGGAGAUUUGAGUUUCCAAGAGAAGAAGUGGCAGAUCUAGCACUCUCACCCCCAUCUUUUUCUCCAUGUUUGGCUCCCUUUUGACUGUGCCAUGCUUCUCUCAAGUUUUCCCCCAUUUCCAAGUCUAGGUAGGCAGGACAAGGAUCACCGCCUCCAUUUCACAUGUUGGGAAAUCUAGCUGAGAGGUUUCAGAACUAGGAUUUGACCUCAGAUUUUCUGAGUCCCUUAGUAUGGCCAGCCUGUCUUUCAGUGCCAUGAGUCCUGCUAACCCUUUGUGGACAAAACUUCGCAAAUAAGCUCCUUUUGUAAUGUUGCUGUGCUCUGGCUCCUUUCUAAUCCUGUUGUUAUCGCCUGGGAUCUACAUCCGACAAUUAAGUGAUGUUCCUUAUCUAGUCCUUUGACCUGGUUCCACUGAGUCUCUGGCCACAGCUGGGAUCCCCGCUUGGAUUUGGCCAUUUCUUGGAUGUCACACAAGCCGUGCAGACCAGAAAUGGAUACAGUACAGCUGUGGCUCCGGAGGCCCCUGGCCCACUGCAGAGACCCAGGUGAGCUUUACUGGUAGUUUUUAAGAGGGAUGUGGAUCAGGCCUUAAUUUACCAGCCCAGUGGAGCCUUGCCCAAAGUAUCUUCUUCUUUCCCAUCUUGUCCCUGGCUUAAAAUCCCACCAUGAAAAAUUAGCCAAACAUUUGUGAUGCUUAUCAUGUGCCAAGCACUUUCCUAGGAAUGCACAGAAAACCUCAGCACUUCUGGCCCUGGAGAAGCUGCUCCCAAAGGCAAGUCUUUAAGAGGGCCUUGGAAAGAUUCAGGUGGCCCUCAGCGGGGCCUGGAUUUGGGUUAUUUCUUUGUUUUUCAGUAUCACCGAUACAAUCUAUUCUGCACCUUCACCCUUAAGAGACUUGCCUUGACAAAGGGUUGGAAUACAAGGUGUCUCGGGUCCUCUCCAGCUCUUGUCUUCCCCACCCCCAGGGCCUGUCCCCCCAGGCAGUUCUGCACAUGCUGGUGGAUUGGGUCUAGCUGGAGCUAGAACUAAGACUUUUGGGAUACCCCUUUAAACCAAGAAGGCUCAACUCAAACCUAAUUCAGAGACAGCCAGAUGGCCUGAAGGGUGACGUGCUGGGUCUGGAGUCAAAGACCCAAGUUCAAAUCCAGCCUCAGAAAUAGGCUCUGUGACCGGGCAAGUGACAACUUCUGUUUGCCUCAGUUUUCUCGCCCGUGAAAUGGCUUGUGAGGAUUCACUGAGACUUUUUGUAAAGUGCUUGGCACAGUGCCUGACACAUGGUAGAUGCUUAAUAAGUGCCCCGGCAUUCCCCGUAUUACUAGAAAGAAGACCAGAAUUGAAGAAGCUGGAAGUGCUUUGUGUAAGGACAGCCUCUCCACAGAGGCUGAUCCGGCCUCCUGCUGUGUAGACUGAAGGACGCUGACGGACCUCCUUUUCCUACCCCUGCCCCACUGGUGCUCCUGUGCUUGGGAGCCUUGCUUUAGGCCUUCUCUUGUGUGACUUAAAAUGUGCUGUAAUAAAGAUUUAAACUUUAA